UUCACAUACAAAACAAUCACAAAUGGCAGAAAUAUAUAAGUUAAUCCAUCCUGUGAAGCAUUUCAAUGACUACAUAUCAAGAGACAUAAGACCUGAUGGAAGGAAGUUUCAGGAACAGCGCAACUUAAAACUCAAUGUAGAUUCCUUGAAGACUGCGGAUGCAUCUGCUGUUGUCAAAUGUGGAAACACAACAGUUGUUUGUGGCAUUAAAUUGGAAUUAGCAAUCCCUAAAGCUGAGGAACCUGAUGUUGGAUAUCUAAUUACAAAUGUGGAACUACCACCAUUGUGCUCAUCCAAAUACAGACCUGGACCACCCUCUGAUCAUGCACAGAUCACAAGCAACUUGGUGUCAGAUAUUGUCAUAAACUCCAAAUGCGUUGACCUGAAAGACCUUUGCAUUGUGCCAGAUAAAUUAGCUUGGGUAUUGUACUGUGACAUGGUGUGCUUGGACAAUGAUGGAAGCCUGGUGGAUGCAUGCAUUAUGACUUUGAUAGCUAGUCUCAAAACAUUGUCUUUACCACAUGUAAUUUAUGACCAUGAAACUGAAGAUUUCACAGUAGACACAACUGUUACAAAGCCGUUAACAGUCCAUGGAAUGCCGGUGACAACUAGCUUUGCUGUUUGUCAGAGUAAUCAAAGUAAUGUCAUCCUUACUGAUCCAUCAAGUUAUGAAGAAGAAAUGUGUGGUGGAAUUGGAUCUAAUUUGAUAGUUUGUUACAACAAUGGUACAUUAUGUGGAGUUCAAAAACUAGGCGGACGCAACCUGUCAAACGAUAUACAAGAGGAUGCCCUGAACAUUGCCAGGCAGAGAUCAAAACUUGCUGAAGAAGUCAUUAAUACAUGUAUUAAAAAUCAAUUGAAAUCAUGAAUUACA